AUGAAAUUACACACACUCAUCGGCCUAUUUGGUCUGGGGGUUCUGGCAAAUGCUGUAAAUUUGCGCCCACGAAAUUAUGAUGCUCAAGAUUACUAUGUCCUACAUCUCGAUUCUACCGCAGAUCCAGUACAAGUCGCAGGGAGACUGGGCUUAACCCACGAUGGCCAACUGGGAGAGUUGGAGGAUCACCACAUUUUCUCGACGCACAAGCAAGAUGAAGAUGUUGUUCAUACAGCUUUGAAGAUGCGGAAGAGACGGAUGCGGGAGCUGGGCGACUUUGAUAUACUGGAUACCGUGAGGUAUGCUCAAAAACAAAAGUUGAAGGCUAGAAUGGAGAAGAGAGGUUUAAUGCGGUCCGCGCCUGAAGGAUACGAAGUCGACAAACGACAAGAUACCACGCCACCAGUCGAUUCCGCGGUUGCGAAACAACAAGCCGUUCAAAAAGCGUUGGGAAUUCAAGAUCCAAUAUUCAAAGAUCAAUGGCAUUUGUACAAUCCAGUACAAGUCGGACACGAUGUAAAUGUUACCGAUGUAUGGAUGCAGAAUAUCACUGGUACAGGCUCGAUUGUCGCCAUCGUGGAUGAUGGGUUAGACAUGUACAGCAAUGACUUGAAGCCCAAUUACUACGCUGAAGGGUCUUACGAUUUCAACGAGAAUACCCUAGAGCCAAAACCUCGAUUGUCGGAUGAUAAGCAUGGCACACGAUGUGCAGGUGAAGUUUCCGCUGCCAAGAACGAUGUUUGUGGUGUAGGAGUUGCCUACGAUUCGAAAAUCGCCGGAAUUCGUAUUUUAUCCAAAAUGAUUACAGAUGCCGAUGAAGCCGUCGCCAUGAAUUACGCAUAUCAGCACAACCAGAUUUAUUCUUGCUCGUGGGGUCCUCCUGAUGAUGGAAGAUCGAUGGACGCUCCAGGUAUACUCAUCAAGAGGGCCAUGGUAAAUGCAGUUCAAAAGGGACGUGGUGGGUUAGGUUCAAUCUAUGUGUUUGCAUCCGGAAACGGCGCCGCGAAUGAAGAUAAUUGUAACUUUGAUGGUUAUACCAAUAGUAUUUACAGUAUCACUGUUGGAGCGAUUGAUAGAAAGGGCCUACACCCGUAUUAUUCAGAGAAGUGUUCCGCUCAGCUAGUAGUAACAUACAGUAGUGGAAGUGGAGAUUCCAUUCACACAACCGACGUUGGUACAAACGCUUGUUCUGAUGCACAUGGUGGUACUUCCGCCGCUGCACCUCUAGCAGCAGGAAUUUUUGCUUUGGUUUUGCAAAUCCGACCAGAUCUCAGCUGGAGAGAUAUGCAAUACCUCGUCAUGUCAACUGCUUUACCGGUUGAUCUUGACACUGGUGAAUGGCAAACAACAACUAUUGGAAAAAAAUUCAGUCAUACUUUUGGAUACGGGAAGAUUGAUACCUGGGCCACAAUCGAAGCCGCAAAAGAUUUCAAGAAUGUUAAGCCGCAAGCUUGGUUCUAUUCUCCUUGGAUUCAUGUCAAUCAAGCCAUUCCUCAAGGAGAUGACGGUAUUUCGGUUUCCUUCGAAGUCACCAAAGAAAUGUUACAACAAGCAAAUCUGGAGAGAUUGGAGCAUGUGCAAGUUACAAUGAACAUUGCACACACUAAGCGAGGAGAUUUGAGCGUCGAUUUGGUCAGUCCAGACAAGCUAGUCAGCCAUCUUUCUGCAGCACGACGUUAUGAUUCUGAGCCCGAGGGAUAUGACGAUUGGACUUUCAUGUCUGUCGUUCACUGGGGUGAAUCUGGUAUUGGAACUUGGACCAUCACCGUCAGGGAUGCUUUCGUCAACGAACAUAACGGAACCUUCACGGAUUGGCAUCUCAAACUAUGGGGAGAGUCCAUCGAUGCCGAAAAAGCGCUCGUACUUCCAAUGCCUACUGAACAUGACGAUGAUAAUCACGCCGAGAUUGCUACAACUACCAUUGCCGGAGUCACAUCAGCCGCAACAGCAGCUCCAACCAACCCCGCAGCCCCAACCGGUGAACUCCCAAGUGUUCCAUCUGACCACCCCGAUCGACCUAUCAACGCCAAGCCUUCAGGUACAGAGGAUGAGCUAACCUCUCCUACCUCCACUGCACCUGCAGAAUCAGAGACUACCACUCCCUCAACAUGGAUUCCAUCCUUCCUCCCCACCUUCGGCGUCUCUUCCAAAACCCAAAUCUGGAUCUACGGUGCUUUGGGUCUCAUCACCGCUUUCUGUGCAGGUCUAGGUGUAUACCUCUACAUGGCGCGCCGCAAGCGUCUCCGCAACAACCCAAGAGACGAAUGGGAGUUUGAUCUCCUCGAGGAUGAUGAAGCGGAAGCGUUGGCCGGUAAUACUGAAAUGAGUAUGAAGAAGGGAGGAAAGAGGAGAGCAGGAGAGCUUUAUGAUGCGUUUGCUGCUGGCAGUGAUGAUGAAGAUGAUGAGUAUAGAGAUGGGGGCGAUGAGAGAGAAAAGAAAUUGUAUGAGGAUGAUGGAGAGAGUGAGGGGACGGGUAGCGGAAGCGGGCAUCAUGUUGUCGGAGACGAUGAUGACGAGGAUAGUGAUGAUGAGAGCGCGGUCAAUGUGAAGGGCGAGAAAAAACCUUUGAAUAAGUGA